ACCCUGGUUGAAAACUUGAUAUAGAUACAAACGCUAAACUAUCCGGUGGUGAUAACUUAUUGAUUAUUUAUUUUUCCAAGGCAGGUAUCUGAAAGGAUAUCGCACUAACUACAGAUGUCUAGCAUGGGCGAUCAGCGUGGCACCAGAGUCUAUGUCGGCAAUUUGACAGAUAAGGUGAAAAAGGACGAUCUGGAGGGGGAGUUCACAAAGUACGGCAAGCUGAAUUCGGUUUGGAUAGCGUUCAACCCCCCGGGCUUCGCAUUUGUGGAGUUCGAGCAUCGCGACGACGCCGAGAAGGCGUGCGACAUACUGAACGGCUCGGAGCUACUGGGCUCCCAGCUGCGUGUCGAGAUCUCAAAGGGGCGGCCGCGUCAGGGUAGGCGUGGCGGCGGACCGGUGGAAAGGGGCCGGCGCGGCGGCUUCGGCCGGCACAGCAUCACGAACAGCGGCAGCGGAGGCGGUGGCGGAUUCCGGCAGCGCGGAUCCAGCGGCUCAUCGAGUCGCCACACGGAGCGGGGCUAUAGUUCCGGCCGAUCCGGUGCCAGCAGCUAUAAUGGACGGGAUGCCGGCGGGAGCGGCUUUAACCGUCGUGAGGUCUAUGGCGGCGGACGCGAGAGCAGCCGCUACAGCAGCGGAAGCAGCGCCAGCUACGGUCGCACUGGCGGACAAUCAGCUGGACGAUUCCGGUCCCGUUCGCCGGUUGGAAACCAUCGAUUCUAAUGACAACACCACUCAUAGUUGCUUAAGGGUUGCCUAUGAGUAAAGAUUAAUAAACAAUAACUUAAGUGCGACCGCAGAGCGCAGACUCGAAACGUUUAAAAUCGUAGCAUUCGAUCGUUUUCGAUCGUCCAUCCCCACAAACCCACAUCAAAUCAACAAAACUGAUAGUCGUCGUAUCUUCAUUAUUUAUUUUACGAAUACCCAUUAACAUGACAAUUGCAAGCACUUAAAAUUUAAGUUAUAACGUAGAAAACUAGUAAGAACAAAUACGCUAAGACUCGAACAACGUCAAACCAAAUUCUAGAAGUACGCAAUUUUAAUAAAGGAAAUGCGUAAAGUUUUUCGUAUACGUACAAGCUUUCGCAAAAUAAUUGGUCUAUGCA